CGUCCUCUCCUUCGUCAUCUUCCUCUCGAUCUUCGGCAACGUGCUCGUCUGCGUCGCCGUCUACACUGACCGAAACCUGCGCAAGAUCGGCAACCUGUUCGUCGUUUCCUUGGCCAUCGCUGACCUCUUCGUCGCCUGCGUGGUCAUGACCUUCGCCCUCGUCAACGACCUCCUCGGCUACUGGCCUUUCGGGCCCAAGUACUGCGACAUCUGGAUCGCCUUUGACGUCAUGUGUUCCACCGCCUCCAUCGUCAACCUCUGCGCGAUCAGUCUCGAUAGAUAUAUUCACAUAAAGGAUCCUUUGAGAUACGGUCGCUGGAUGACCAAGAGGAUUGUCACCAUGGCCAUUGGCGCGAUCUGGCUACUGAGCGCCCUCGUCUCCUUCCUGCCCAUCAACCUGGAGCUGCACCGUCCUGACCCAGACAAGGAUGCUCAGCAGGAGGGCGAGGAGCAGUGCGCCCUCGACUUGAGUCCUGCUUACGCUGUCGUCUCGUCGUGCAUCAGCUUCUUCCUGCCGUGCUGCGUCAUGGUCGGCAUCUACUCGCGCCUCUACCUGUACGCCAAGAGGCACGUCGAGUCCAUCAAGGCCCUAGUGAGACCGGUCACCCUGGGUUCCCUCGAGGGCGACACCUCAAGGCCGACCAAAGUCGCGGCACCGUGCCACGUGUCGGAGUCCAAGGCGGCGACGACAGUGGGCAUCAUCGUGGGCACUUUCCUCACCUGCUGGGUGCCCUUCUUCUGCGUCAACAUCGCCGCUGCCUUCUGCAAGACUUGUAUUCCUGACAUCGUUUUUAAGGUGCUGACAUGGUUCGGAUACACAAACUCUUCCUUCAAUCCUAUAAUCUACAGUAUUUUCAACCAGGAGUUUCAGGAAGCUUUCACCAGGAUACUCACGUUCCGGUGUCGACCCUGUCCGUCCUACGGAGAUGGCUUUAAUACCUCCACCUCCUCCUACGCCGCGCCAGCCUGCUUCUGCUCGCCGUGUUGCAGGUCUUGUGUACCUCAGAAACGCCGUCCAGGAAGGAGUGUCGCAGGAGGCUCCGGCGCCGGCUCCGGGUACCUGGACAUCCCCCGCCACCACCAGAACGGGUCCUCGACGGCGCUGACGGAGUACACCGUGCUCGACGCCGCCGCUACGCCUCGCUUCUCCCACGACCGCUCGCGGGCCUCGUCAGGAGAGCGCUGUCUCAUCCUCGAGCAGAUUUCGGCGAUUUGAUUUCAGGGCGGGGUUUCAGAGGAAGGGAAAGAAUGACAAGGUGAAAACGGAGAAGAAGAAGACGAAGGGAAAGUGAAGUGCGAGGGUAGGAAGGAAUGAAAGAAAGAAUGGA